AUGCUCCCACUCCGCUUCACUUCUGAAAGCUCUUCAUUGAUCCCUUCUUCAUGCGCUUCUCACCUGGCUUACACACAAUCCACUCCGUGGAAUUUAAUGUUGUGCCACAAUUGGUAUUUGAGGUUUCACUUCGAAGCUUUCGUCACACUGAUCCGCGCUGCGGGAUGGGAUCAUGUUAGUGGAGCAUAUAACAAGUAUCAGAAAUAUAUUCUAUGGCAAUUAUUCUAUUUUUGCAUCGGAAUUUUCAAGUUUUGUGCGGAAGAGACUUAUGGUGCCGUUUCUGCUGGGCAGCAACUCUUCAAGGAGCAUGUCGGACGUCAGGGCGUGCAUGGAAGAUAUGCACGCCAGAAAGUUAAGAGAAGGGCUUGGACAAGCUCGGAAAAUCAAGCGCAAAGGAGCUUGAAUCAUUCUAACCACUUUGUUCUCGAGUUUGGCGAUAAGACAUUAUUUGAUCAAACUCGUUAUAAUUGUGCGUGA